GUAGCGAUUGAUGUAUUUUAAUUAAAAGAAAAGUACAAUCAAUUCCACCCUGUUGAACAGGAAUAUCAGGGCGCGCGCAACUAAAUCAUAUGGACCAAAAUCAAUUUUGAAGUCUGCGGCAAGAAUUCAGAUCCAAAUUUACAGAAAAAAUGUUAUCCAAGCUGGUUAAACCUGUUUGUAGAAAUCCUUUACCUAUUGAAAAUAUACUAAAACUAGCAACAUGCAGAGGAAAUGCCAGCGUUGCCAAUCUUGUGCCAGAAGAACCUUCUGGACCUUCAAUGAAAACUGAUAUACCUGGACCUAAAAGCAAACAAUUAAUGAAACAACUGAGCAAUGUCUACAACCUUGGAUCCACCCAGUACCUAGUGAAUUAUGAGAAGUCAUCUGGUAACUACAUAGUUGAUGCUGAUGAUAAUAUUAUGUUAGAUACAUAUACGCAAAUAUCUACGAUGCCGUUGGGGUACAAUCAUCCAGCGCUACUGAAUGUGUUUAACGAUGAGCACAAUUUGAAAAGUCUUAUAAAUAGACCAGCGUUGGGGGUAUAUCCAGGCAUAGACUGGCCUCAAAGAAUGGAAAAUCUCUUUAAGCAGGUAUCUCCCAAACUCCCAAAAAUAACACCAAUGAUGUGCGGCGCAUGUUCCAAUGAGAAUGCCAUAAAAACAUCGUUUAUAGCAUAUAGAAUGAGGGAAAGGGGAGAUAAAGAUUUUACCGAAGUUGAAAAAAAAUCAAGCAUAAUGAACCAGUUACCGGGAUGUCCAGAGCUAUCUAUUUUGUCAUUUAGAGGAGCCUUCCAUGGGAGAACUGUAGCCACGUUAUCUUGCACACAUUCAAUGGCUAUACAUAAACUAGAUGUUCCCUCUUUUGCCCAUUGGCCAAUUGCAACAUUUCCCAUGUAUAAAUAUCCACUGGAAGAAAACCGUAGAGAAAACGAAGAAAUAGACAAUAAAUGUUUAGAAGAAGUAGAAGAUCUUAUCGAAGUGCAAAAAAAGACUUGCCCUGUAGCUGGUUUAAUUAUUGAACCGAUUCAAUCAGAAGGCGGUGACAAUCACGCUUCGCCAGAGUUUUUCCAGAAGUUGCAAAAAAUUUGCAAAAAGAAUGGCGUAGCAUACAUCAUCGAUGAGGUUCAAACAGGAUGUGGACCUACUGGAAAGUUCUGGUGUCACGAACAUUUCAAUUUGCCAAACCCUCCAGAUAUUGUUACUUUCAGUAAGAAAAUGCAGAUGGCCGGGUUCUUCCAUUCUGACGAAAUUACCGUGAAGCACCCUUCUAGGAUUUUUAAUACUUGGAUGGGUGAUCCAGGCAAAACAAUUCUUCUAGAAGCCAUUCUCGAAGUGAUUAAAACCCAAAAUUUACUGGAUCAAGUAAAUAGAACAGGAAAACGAUUGUUUGAAGGAUUGGAACAAUUACAAAAGGAAUUUCCAGACAUGCUGCAUUCUCUGAGGGGUAGGGGUACGUUUAUUGCAAUCAACGCGAAGGGUAGCGAAUUAAGGGAUAAUAUUAUCAAAAAUUUAAAGAAAAAUGGUGUUCAAAGUGGUGGAUGCGGAACUGAAUCUAUUCGUCAUAGACCAGCUCUCAUAUUUAAAGAACACCACGCUGAUAUCUACUUGGAUAUACUAAGAAACGUAGUAAAAGAUCUUAGUAAAGGAAAGAAGAGAAACUAAAAUGAGCACAAAUAUCUGUCACAAUCUUGUUUGGCUGUAUAUCUUUUAGGAAACCCAUUGAGCUGUGCAAAUAGUAAUAUUCGAGAAGUUGUUACUUAAGUUUUGAAAGUCAUAGCUAACUAAAGAAAAAAUAGCUGUCCAUGAAGAUGAAAAUAUAUUUACAUGUGUUCCAUGUAAUACUUUUCAUCAAAAAUGCUUUCGACUAACGUUAAGUAUUGUGCGAAGUCAAUUGGUACCAAAUCAGGCCUGCGUAAUGACCAAUCCUUUUAUUAGCUGUUCUGUGUUAAAAUGUUACAAAUAGUGAUCGCUAUUUGCUUAAUCAUGUUCCUCACAAAAAGUUGGUUCUUAAAAGCAUAGCAGCAGAUUUUAAAAAAUUACACAAUUAGAUGAUUUUGCAAAAAAAUACUCAAAAAAUGUAUUGCACAAAAGUUAAGUAGCUUCUGUCGUAUAUUUAUAAUAUAAAUAUGUAAUAUAUAGCUAGAUAGAAAAGUACGUUCUUAAAACCGAACAAUUUUUUAGUAGUAAUGUUAUCGAUGCUCUUGAAUUCAUCGAAUUUCACUAGGAUUCUUUCUUUCUUUUCCUUUUCUAUACCCUCUUUCCAGAAUUUUCCUGGUCUGACUCUUUUUUCUUUUCGUAUUAUGUCCAUUUCGUCAGCUGUAAGCAAUAGUGACACAAUACAAAAACUGGUAAUUUUUCAAAACAGGGGUUUAAAGUUUGUGUGUCAAUAAUUUCGUCUUAUUUGCUUGACUAAAGUAAAUUGAGGUGUAUUUGGAUGAGCUUUAGGUAGCCUUUAAUGAAUUGUUACAUAGACUUUUAAAUCCAACCCUUAUUUUGAGUUAUGCCACUUUUGCACAUGAACAUUUUGUUUUUCAAAACUAAUGGUGGGCGCUCUCCUUUACCUGGCAUGGCAAGUGGCAAGCAGCAAGUAGUGCGUGUCUAGCAUGUUACUUAAAAUGUAACCAAUGAAAACGAAUGAUUCAGCGCACACCAAAAUGACAGUGACGUCAUUCAUUCUAAUCAUUCGUUUGUAUUGGCAUGUAUUGGUUAUAUUUUAAGUAACGUGCUAGACGCGUGCUACUUGCUACUUGCCACUUGCUAUGCCAGUUUGGUGGGCGCUCUCACUUAGAGCUACAACAUUAUCGUAAGUAUGCAAGUAUGUACUUACGAUAAAAAUACAUAAGUAAUAUUGUUAAUAAUUUCUUGUGUGAUCUGACCUGUGUCUGAGUAAUAAAAAAUGAAAAUCAAUCAACAUUUCGGAAACCAGCAUAACAAACAUUCAUCGAUACUAUUAACGGUUUGUAUGACUUAUAUCUAGCUCUAUAUAAGGAAACUUCUACAAUACUGUUGUCUUCCAAAAAGUGUCAUAUAUUUUAAGGUAUUAAAAAGAAUUUCAAGAUAUUUUUAGCAU